CCAAUCGAUAAUACUUCCCACAAACACGAUACAUCGCCCAUCACAAACCGGCUUUUGCAGACCAUCACUAGCUGAAGAAAUAAUUUAAAAAUGAGCUCGAAUUAUCAAGAUUUAUAUAAAAAGGGCUUGGAUCGCGGCGAGCAACAAAAGCUGCGACAACAAGAUCUGUUGAAGCAACAAAAGCUGAGGCGACAGCAGGUCCAAGACGAUGCCCGGCCUAUAAACAAGACGGAAGAAUCCCCGCCAAAACAAUACCGCAAGCAGCGUGCCAAAGACAAGGGAACGCGGUUCAGACUACAGCUCUCCGAGUGGAUGCGAAACAAGCCGGAUAAUCUCGUGGAAUGGCUGUUGGUGCCGUGCCCGGUUGGCCAAAGAUGUAUGGUGAUAGCCACCAAUGGGAAGACUAAAGUUUACAACAAGGCAGGAAGACAGUUUAUGACGCUGCGUACGUUGCUGCCGGGUGAUAAUCAUGUGCAGAAGUGCCAAACAGUCUUGGAUUGUGUGUAUGAUGAAGAAACACAAACAUUUUACGUGCUGGAUGCCCUUUCCUUUGGCCAGCAAUCGCUUCAGAACUGCGAGGCAUCCUUCCGGUUCUAUUGGCUGCGCGCCCGUUUCGAGGAGGACGAUUUUGCUGAAAAGGGGGCUCACAACGAUAAGUCUUUUGUGCUGCUUAAUCACUAUGACUUCGAGGACGCUUCUGCGAUAGAGGAAAUCCUCCAGAAGUACCCUAUCUGGACGGAGAAUCAACCCAAACUGGAUGGAUUCCUGUUCUACCACAAGGAGGCUAGCUACGUGUGCGGAACAACGCCGCUGGUUUGCUGGCUGUUUUCCUAUAUGCUGCCGGAUGUGCUGGAUUUGCCUGUAAAUAGCAACUAUGUAGCCCCCGAGGACUACCAGCCCAGGCUAGUACUUCAGUACAUGGAAGAGUUUGAUCAAAAGUUAAAGCAGCAAAGGAAGCAGCAGGCCAAAGAAAGUGUGAAGAAAUCCAGGGAGAAGAAGGAGCAGGAUGAGAACCCCGAAACCUCCAUGGAGACGAACAAGGAAGGGGAGGACGGUGACAGCGAUGAAUAUGCCGGGCUCAAGUCGCUUCUCGACCAUCAACGCCGCUUGGAACUGGGAGAGCUAGACAUGGACUGUGAAGAAACGCCGUCAGCUGAUGGCUGUUAAGCAAGCUGGAUGGUGUGGUGUGGGCUUUGGUGGUGACUUUUCUGCGACUGCGCACUAGCUACGCGGCCCUGGGACUUAGCUUAGCUCCCGCCCAGGGAAAAAGUGUAGUCAAAGUUUUUGUAAAGGUUUUAGUCUGCACCUUGAACAGCCAGCUUAUAAUUUAGACUCUUAAACAAAUAAAUCUCAAAACAUGGUAAUUCAGCGCUGCUGGAAAAUUC